AAACGAGGUCUCAUCCAAAAUGGCUGUGGAGAAACUGUUAUGAAGAUGUGUCGAUCUACUCAUCAAAUAUAUGUGCUGCAUGCUCCAAAUUAGCGACGGGCCCUCUCAUCAAGCCGGAAGACAUUUCUGGAAGGUGAGCGGCGGGCUGUGGAAGGAGAAGAGGAGAAAGAAGGGGACUGCAGGUGGUCUUGAGACAGAGGCACUGAAGAUUCUUUUGGAUCUUCAGUUAUAGUGUGGCAGGCAUGAAAACCCAAGAGCACCGUUCCAGCCCUCUGAAAUCACAUACACCGAGUGAUGCACGGCCCCAGUCCCAGAUGAAGGGUCUCCAGUUUCGCAGCAUUGCCCCCAAAGCCCCUGCAAUGGUUCCAUCAUCAGCAGUCCUGUCCUGCCAGCCUCCCUCAGCCCUUCCAGAAGCAUCCACGGCUGUCAGCCCCAAAUCCAUCCUUGUUCCUGCCCGGAACUACGCCCUCAUGCAAGUGGCAGGACAAGAGGGGACCUUCUCAUUAGUGGCCUUACCUCAGACACAACAGCAACAGCCAAUCCAGAAGAACCUUAAGCUGCCUAUUCCAAGAUAUCAACCUAUGAGAUGCAAGGGCACUCCAGAGAAAGCCAGUUGCAAGACACAGAGUCCAGCCAAGGUUUCGGCAACAAUACAGGUUCGAUCAUCUGCUUUAAAAACAGAGCAGAGUCCAGACCCAUCAUCUGAGAAGCUUGUUAUGAUUGACACUGCUUCAUCUGAGAUCUUUGUUGCACCCAUGCUACCAGGUUCACAGACAGAUCAAACAGUGGAACAAAAGGGUAACGAAGGUCCACUCAACAGCCUACAGUACCCUUCCGGAGCCUCCAAAACCAUGCUUGUUACCCCUGUCAAUAAUAUCUCACCGGUUAAAACCCCAAUUGAGAGUCCAGCUUCAGCUGGCGGUGCUAUCACAGUUCUCUCUCCCACUAUCUUCAGCAAAGCUGUUCAGAUCAUUCCAUCUCCACCCAAGGGAAAGCUGCCCAUCCUACCCUAUGCCAAGGUGAAGAGCUCCCUCCUGGCACCAUCCUGCCUUGCCAGCACCCAGUUCUCAGAGAGGCAGACUGUAAGUGGAGCCAAUCCUCCAGACAACAAAGUUAGAAUUGAAAGCAAAGACCCUAAAACCCAUUUGAAGAAGUCUCAAGGCAAAAGGCGAGGGAGGAAGAGGAAAACCAUAGAGGAUAUUCUGGCCUUCGAGGCCCGAAAGAAAAGAUCCUUGUCAUUUUUCAGAAGGAGAGUACCCGAGAAACCUCCAGCUAGUGUGAGUUCUGCCUCCCAGGAGAAGUUGCUUGACCUAUCAAAAAAGUAUCGAAGUAUUCGUCCCAAGCCAGUACUGGUAAUGGAAGCCACUGUUCCACAACUUGUACCACUUCCUUCCUUGUCAACACCAGAGAACCCUGAUCAGGAGCUCUCAGUAGGGAAGCAGAUAUCCGAAAAACGAUCAAGUGCUACCCAGUCUUCUCAAGCCACUGAUCAGAUGCCUUUUAUAGAUGGUGAAGGUGGUGGAGCAUUGGUUUACAUGGAAAGUCGUCCACUACAUCGCUGUCCUACCUGCAGCAGGUGUUUCCAGUUCAAGCAUCACUUGCAAAGUCACAUGAACAGCCACAGUAACAUACGGCCUUAUGUCUGCCCUGUGUGCAGGAAAGCUUACGCUCACUCUGGCAGUCUGAGCACUCAUAUGAAGCUGCACCAUGCAGAAAGCAGACCCAAGAAGAGCCUUUGCUGUGAGUUCUGCGAGAAGUCGUUUGGCUAUGUCGGUGUCUACUUCAGCCACUUGAGAGAGGUGCACAGAGUCAUACUCACUGUGGAGCCAUCCAUCAGUCAACACGAGGAAAAAAUGCCUAUAGAAGUAUCUUCAGAGGCUGAAGAACAGGCCUCAGAACAUGUUGACCCUGUAGAGCUACAGAUUAAAUGUGGUCGCUGCCAGGCCGUCACACCUACAUUUGCUGACAUGAAGCUGCACUUGCUGUAUGUGCAUGGUGAAGAGGUCCAGGUGCGACUAAGAGAAGGGGCCUCGCGCAGAGGUCGCGAAGCAGAAGAUGAGCUGGUCAAACAUGCGGCACAUUAUUGGAGACAGCUUAAUGAGAAACGCAACCUAGUGCACUGCGGCACCUGUGACGAAGAAUUUAUCUCCUUUUCCAAGUUUAAACGUCACCUCCACUCUCACCAUCAAGGAGCCAGAGAGAGUCGAGAAGAGGAAGAGGAAAGGUUAGUAGGGAAGGACGACAAUGUAUUAAAGGGUUUGAGUAAAGCUUUAAUGUUGAGGGUGGGGUCCCACUUUAACUGCAUCCUUUGCAGUAAGGUGUUCAACAAGAAACAGGAAGUUAUGGAGCAUUGGGGAGCACAGCACAAUUGUGAAAACCCCACCCUUCUGUGGGACGUCCUGGACUUUAAGGGGAAGAACAUGCAUACUGAUGGGCCAAAUUAACUGCAAAUAUGUAAAUUAUUAUUUUCUCCAUGUGUCAACUGGUUAGUUCGUACAAAAUGCAGUUACAUGAAUGCAAAAACAGUCCACUAAUAGACUCACUUGUUAUGUAAUUUUCAAUAUUGUCUUUUGCACUUUUUUCUGUGUAUAUAUAUAUAUAUAUGUAUAUAUAUAUAUAAUCUCAGCUGUUGUUUUGUAAUGCUUGAAUUGUGUCAUGUUUAUUUGUGUAUGUUUUUUUUUUAUGUGUUUUAAUGAAUAAAAGCAGCAUGAUGUACUAGCAUAAAACUCAAAUCUCCAAAAUUCCAUCACAAACAUUAUGAUGGCCCAUGUGCAGAGGUAAUAUAAAUGCAAUGUAAAUGAGAGGCCCAAGGAGGAUAAUUAUAAUUUAUAGUUUUUGGAGACAUUGUGUGUACGUAAGUGCUUCAGUUUAGUGAAUCAGAUGAAACAGGCUAACAAAGGCAGGCUCAUCAAAAAACAUAUUGCCACUCAGACAAAUUGAGAAUUUGCAAUACACUGAAUAUAAAUGGAGCAUGAUAAGCAUGCUUGAAAUAACAGUUGAACAUUUGAAGUAACAACAAAUUAUCAGAGACAUUUCACAAACACAUAUAUAUCAUCAUGCAAUUUCAGUCCACAUUCUACAACUAAAAUGAAUGCUGCCAGAAAACCUCUGCCAAGACUAAUUUGUCUUAGACAGAGGCCCACUAAUAUAGAUUAAAACAUAUCCUUGAGAGUUAAAAAAUGGAAAAUCUUUAACUGGUUUAGUAUGAAUGUGUGUGUUAAGAACAUUCAGUGUUGUAUUUUUGGAUGGAUAUUUUAUAUAUUUGAAAUAUUUUUUCCUUGGUGAAAUGCAUUGUGAUGUAGUUAAAUGAUCAGUUUGUGUAAACAUUUGUGUUUCCAUUUAUAAUAUAUAUAUAUAUAUAAUAUGAAUGGGUAAUGGAAUGUUUUAAAAAAAAACUUUAAUUUGUUAUACAUGUAUACUUGUAUAGAUAGAUUAAUAGAAAUAUCUAAUAUAUAUAUAUAUAUAUAUAUAUAUAUAUAAAUAAGUAUAUGCAGCUGUAUAUUGAGAAUAUAUAUUUACACAGAAGAUAUAGUCCUCUUGCCCUGCUUUAUUCUCGUAAGAAAUUGGCAAUUAAAAUAAUUGAACCAUUUUAAUAGCAUCCUAAAUGUCUCAAAUAAACGUGUAGCUGCAACUGUUCUGUAAAACCAUCAUCUGCUUGAGCAGGUGCUGUGUAAAACUAUAAACCAAUGAAGUUCACUAACUUUCAUGUUCUUUAAAUGGCACAAAACUACUUGAAAUCCCAAAGCACCGUUUGAGUUUGCCUUUUACAGUUGAAUUCUCAACAGUAGAGACUCUAAAGUCAAUCAUGAUGGCAAAUAAGCAAAAUUGCUGUUUGUCUGGUCUAAAUUACCUCUGAAGUGUUUUGAUUGUGGAUCUUGUCUUUGGUGGAUUUUUCCAGACUUAAACCUACUUUUCCCUUAAAAAUAAAUUAUAUUAAAUCUGUUAAAAGUGGUUGUUUUAUGAUUGCAUUUAUGUCAUUUCAGAAGCUGUACUUAAAACAUUCUUUGUGGUUCAAAGCCAUUAGAUAAUGACAACUGUCUGAUUGUUUGACAUAAGAAAAUGUUAGCAUUUCCUGUUCUGAAGAUGAUCUUUUCCCAGCCACUGUGAUGGUUAAAGUUGUCUGUUUGUGGCUUAUGCUGAACUAAGCCCACAAUAUCAUCCCCAAAUCGUUGAUUAUUGGUGCCUAAAUAAAGACAAAUCUUAAAUAAAAUAAUUUGAUUUGACAACCUC